UUGGAGGCCCAAAAAUGCUGGAUGUCGAGUUGAGCCCUUAGGACAGUGAUUUGUACAACUCACCGAUCGUUUCUUCAUCUCCGCCAUUUUCUCCUCAAGUUCUUCGUCUUCACGAUCUGAAUAUCCUCGAGAGACGACACCGACGACGAGCAGCGGGGAGCUUUGAAGGCUGCAGCGGCGAACUUUGACGUCGACGAAGGCGAACUUCGGGGAGGCCAUCGGCUCCAAGAACCCCACCUCUUGAUUCUCUUUUUCUUCAAGCUCCAAAUUCACAGGUUCUGGUCUUUAGGGCUGAAGAAAUGAACGCAGAGUAGGGUGGUGCUCGGGAUUUCUUGGAUGAGCUGAGUGCGAAAAAACUCUACGGUCAAGAUUCGUUGUUGUACUCAAUGGAUGAAGAUAAUAGACCUAUGGACCUUGAUUUAACAGACAGUAAUAAUUGUAAUGCUCAAUCUUCGAACGAAAAGUCCCUAGUCGCCACACCUGUUGACGGCGGUUCAUCAGGUAGAGGUUUGCCUUACGCUCCCCAAGAUUGGCCAAAACCUGGGGAUGUAUGGACAUGGAAAGUUGGGAAGAGAAGAUGUGCUUCUGGUCACUGGGUUGAUAAGUCCAUUUGUCCUCCACGCCAUUUAAGGAAUUCCUCGGGUAACAAGCUAAUAUUUCAUAGUCGUUCUUCACUUAAACAAUAUAUUCUAGAAGAAUACCCUGAAGAAGAUGUUGAUGCCUUCUUUGCCUCUUUUAUCUGGAGAGUUCCUGCCACUGGUCAUAUACUUAAAGAAUCAGGGCCUGGGUUGUCCAAAAUUGUAGAACUCAAUGGACGUCCCAAAUCUGAACUAGCUAGUGGACUACGUGAGUGUAAAGCUGGUAAUAAAAUGUGCAGUCUAAGAACAAAAGCAAAAAGCUAUGCUAUUCCAUUGAGGUCUUGUGAUAUCUGCUGCAGCGAACCUGGUUUUUGUCAUGAGUGUUGCUGUAUUCUAUGUAGUAAAACUGUUGACUGGACGUAUGGAGGUUACAGCUUUAUCAGAUGCGAGGCGCCUGUGGAUGAAAGGUUCAUUUGUGGCCAUGUGGCACACAUAGAAUGUGCUCUCCGUGCUUACCUCGCUGGGAAAGUUGGGGGGAAUGUUGGUUUGGAUGCACAGUAUUAUUGCAGAUGCUGUGAUAAUAAAACUGACCUCUUACCACAUGUCGACAAGUUUGUAAAAACUUGUGAAUCUCUUGACUCUGGAGAUGAUGUUCAAAGAAUAUUAAGUCUGGGUGUUUGCAUCUUGCGCGGUUCAGAACAGGAACGAGCAAAGGAUCUCCAGAGUCGCAUUGCACUAAUCAUGGAUAAGCUUAAACAUGGGGUUUCUCUUAAUGAAAUUUGGAGGGAGCAAAACGAUAUCUCAACACCUACAGCAGAAAUCCAAUUUCGAUCAGGGAGCAUACCCCUCCUUGGAAAGGAAGUAAUAACAUCGGGGACACUGGACAUAGCUACGGUGGAUUCCAUGAAUUGGAUUGAACAUUAUCCUGAAACUGAUGAUAUUAACGGGAGAGCCCAGGGUAAUCUAUACAUCACUUCAGAUCACAGUAAUGCAUCUCUGAAGCUUGAAGAUGCAAUAGAUGGGGUCCUCCAAGAACUCAAAAUGUCUCAAAAAUCAGAGUAUCGGCUCGCUGAGCAGAAACUGUAUGCACAAAAGGAUUUUCUUCUUGGCUUAUAUCAGCAACUUGAAGUGGAAAGAUCUGCACUUGCCAACCCAACACAGAUGUUGACUAAUGGCAAUGUAAGCGAUAAUCUUCUAAGUAAUGUUCUGAACAGAGUGGACCAAAUAAAACGGGAGGAGGCAAAACUUGAGAAAAUGUUGAUGAUUGCCAAAGGAUUUGGAGAAACUCCUAAAACUGUUCUAAACGCAUACUUUGGCUUGCCCGUUAUUGAUUAAACAUAAUCUAAUUUGUUUUUUGAACAAUAAACAUCCGUUUAUGUCAUUGUUGUGCAAUAUUUAUGAUAAUUCCUCAUAUUUUUGCAAAGUGAGGACAACCCUAUGUUGGAUUGUAGAUAAGAAUUUUAAUAUUCUUUUAUUUGGGAGUUAUGAAAUGAAAAGAAGUGUAUAAUUUUCGUAAAA